GAUCUCUCCUUCUUCGGGCGCGAGCUGUUUCAGCGAUCCCACUGCCCGCCGGGGCUCCCACGCACCCUGGGCUGCGUGCGUGUGGAGUGGGACCCGCGCACACGCGUGUCUCUGGACAGCUACGGCGCCGACAGAACUAAAAUUCCAGAUGGCAAACUCAAUGAAUGGCAGAAACCCUGGUGGUCGAGGAGGAAACCCCCGAAAAGGUCGAAUUUUGGGUAUUAUUGAUGCUAUUCAGGAUGCAGUUGGACCCCCUAAGCAAGCUGCGGCAGAUCGCAGGACCGUGGAGAAGACUUGGAAACUCAUGGACAAAGUGGUAAGACUGUGCCAAAAUCCCAAACUUCAGUUGAAAAAUAGCCCACCAUAACUUGAUAUUUUGCCUGAUACAUAUCAGCAUUUACGACUUAUACUGAGUAAAUAUGAUGACAACCAGAAACUUGCCCAACUCAGUGAGAAUGAGUACUUUAAAAUCUACAUUGAUAGCCUUAUGAAAAAGUCAAAACGGGCAAUCAGACUCUUUAAAGAAGGCAAGGAGAGAAUGUAUGAAGAACAGUCACAGGACAGACGAAAUCUCACGAAACUGUCCCUUAUCUUCAGUCACAUGCUGGCAGAAAUUAAAGCAAUCUUUCCCAAUGGUCAAUUCCAGGGAGAUAACUUUCGUAUCACAAAAGCAGAUGCUGCUGAAUUCUGGAGAAAGUUUUUUGGAGACAAAACUAUUGUACCAUGGAAAGUAUUCAGACAGUGCCUUCAUGAAGUCCACCAAAUUAGCUCUGGCUUGGAAGCAAUGGCUCUCAAAUCAACAAUUGAUUUAACUUGCAAUGAUUACAUUUCAGUUUUUGAAUUUGAUAUUUUUACCAGGCUGUUUCAGCCUUGGGGCUCUAUUUUGCGGAAUUGGAAUUUCUUAGCUGUGACACAUCCAGGGUACAUGGCAUUUCUCACGUAUGAUGAAGUUAAAGCACGACUGCAGAAAUAUAGCACCAAACCUGGAAGCUACAUUUUUCGGUUAAGUUGCACUCGAUUGGGACAGUGGGCCAUUGGCUAUGUGACCGGGGAUGGCAAUAUCUUACAGACCAUACCUCAUAACAAGCCCUUAUUUCAAGCCCUGAUUGAUGGCAGCAGGGAAGGAUUUUACCUGUAUCCUGAUGGGAGGAGUUAUAAUCCUGAUUUAACUGGAUUAUGUGAACCUACACCUCAUGAUCAUAUAAAAGUGACACAGGAACAAUAUGAAUUAUAUUGUGAAAUGGGCUCCACUUUUCAGCUCUGUAAGAUUUGUGCAGAGAACGACAAAGACGUCAAGAUUGAGCCUUGUGGGCAUUUGAUGUGCACCUCUUGCCUAACAGCAUGGCAGGAGUCGGAUGGUCAGGGCUGCCCUUUCUGUCGUUGUGAAAUAAAAGGAACUGAGCCCAUAAUCGUGGACCCCUUUGAUCCAAGAGAUGAAGGCUCCAGGUGUUGCAGCAUCAUUGACCCCUUUGGCAUGCCGAUGCUCGACUUGGACGACGAUGAUGAUCGAGAGGAGUCCUUGAUGAUGAAUCGGUUGGCGAACGUCCGAAAGUGCACUGACAGGCAGAACUCACCAGUCACAUCACCAGGAUCCUCUCCCCUUGCCCAGAGAAGAAAGCCACAGCCUGACCCACUCCAGAUCCCACAUCUAAGCCUGCCACCAGUGCCUCCUCGCCUGGAUCUAAUUCAGAAAGGCAUAGUUAGAUCUCCCUGUGGCAGCCCAACUGGUUCACCAAAGUCUUCUCCUUGCAUGGUGAGAAAACAAGAUAAACCACUCCCAGCACCACCUCCUCCCUUAAGGGAUCCUCCUCCACCGCCACCUGAAAGACCUCCCCCAAUCCCACCAGACAACAGACUGAGUAGACACAUCCAUCAUGUGGAAAGUGUGCCUUCCAGAGACCCGCCAAUGCCUCUUGAAGCAUGGUGCCCUCGAGAUGUGUUUGGGACUAAUCAGCUUGUGGGAUGUCGACUCCUAGGCGAGGGCUCUCCAAAACCCGGAAUAACAGCGAGUUCAAAUGUAAAUGGAAGGCACAGUAGAGUGGGCUCUGACCCAGUGCUUAUGCGAAAACACAGACGCCAUGAUUUGCCUUUAGAAGGAGCUAAGGUCUUUUCCAAUGGUCAUCUUGGAAGUGAAGAAUAUGAUGUUCCUCCCCGGCUUUCUCCUCCUCCUCCAGUUACCACCCUUCUCCCUAGCAUAAAGUGUACUGCUCCGUUAGCAAAUUCUCUUUCAGAGAAAACAAGAGACCCAGUAGAGGAAGACGAUGAUGAAUCCAGGAUUCCUUCAUCCCAUCCCAUUUCCCUGAACUCACAACUAUCUCAUUGUCAUAACGUAAAACCUCCUGUUCGGUCUUGUGAUAAUGGUCAUUGUAUACUGAAUGGAACACAUGGUCCAUCUUCAGAGAAGAAAUCGAACAUCCCUGACUUAGGCAUAUAUUUAAAGGGAGAUGUGUUUGAUUCAGCCUCUGAUCCAGUGCCAUUACCACCUGCCAGGCCUCCAACUCGGGACAAUCCAAAGCAUGGUUCUUCACUCAACAGGACGCCCUCUGAUUAUGAUCUUCUCAUCCCUCCAUUAGGUGAAGAUGCUUUUGAUGCCCUCCCUCCAUCACUCCCACCUCCCCCGCCUCCUGCAAGGCAUAGUCUCAUUGAACAUUCGAAACCUCCUGGCUCCAGUAGCCGGCCAUCCUCAGGACAGGAUCUUUUUCUUCUGCCUUCAGACCCCUUUUUUGAUGCAAGUGGCCAAGUUCCUUUGCCUCCCGCUAGAAGAUUACCAGGUGAAAAUGUCAAAACUAACAGAACAUCACAGGACUAUGAUCAGCUUCCUUCAUCUUCAGACAGUUCACAAGCACCAGCCAGACCCCCAAAACCACGACCCCGCAGGACUGCACCAGAAAUUCACCACAGGAAACCCCAUGGGCCUGAGGCGGCAAUGGAAAACGUCGAUGCAAAAAUUGCAAAACUCAUGGGAGAGGGUUAUGCCUUUGAAGAGGUGAAGAGAGCCUUAGAGAUAGCCCAGAAUAAUGUUGAAGUUGCCCGGAGCAUCCUCCGAGAAUUUGCCUUCCCUCCACCUAUUUCCCCACGUCUAAAUCUAUAGCAGCCAGAACAGUAAACACCAACAUGGAAAGCAAUCGACAUAUUCCAAGAGUGUGGAAAUGAAAGAAUCGAGAUGGAAUUUAAGAGAGAAGUGUCUCCUCCUCGUGUAGCAGCUUCUCAAAGGAGACCGAUGCUUGCUCAGGAUGUCGACAGCUGUGACUUCCUUGUUUUUGCUAGCCAUAUUUUUAAAUCAGGGUUGAACUGACAAAAAUAAUUUAAAGACGUUUACUUCCCUUGAACUUUGAACCUGUGAAAUGCUUUUCCUUGUUUACAAUUUGGCAAAGUUGCAGUUUGUUUUUGUUUUUACUCUAGUUUGGUUUUGGUGUUUUGAUACUUGUACUGUGUUCUUCACGGACCCCUUGUAGCAUGGUCAGGUCUGCUGUAACAUUUCCCACCAACUCUCUUGCUGUCCAUAUCAACAGCUCAGUCAUUCAUUCAUUUUGAUCUCUACCAUCCACAUCCCUGCCCAGGUCCUCUUCCAUUUCUCCCAUUCACCAGAUGCUUUAAAGCUUCUGAUUUUCAACUGAUCAAACUAAUGCAGAAAAUAUAGAUAUAUGUGUUCUUCACUACUGAGUUUCUUCUUUGGAAACCAUCACUGUUGAGAGAUGGGGAAAAGCUGAAUGUAUGAAGCAUUUAUUUGUCAAUAAACUGCCUUUUGUAAGGGGUUUCCACAUAACAUAGAGGAGCUUCCCUUUCUAGUUUAAGUUUUGUGACCUUUAAUCCUCCAUAUUCUAAGUCUGUCAUCCCAGGGGUGUUACAACUAUAAAAAUCUAAAAUAUUAGAGAGCAAUUACUACAGAUGUGGAAGAGAUAACACUCGUAUAAGACAAUGCUGUAAUGAACUUAUAUAACAAGGUCCCCUGAUAUGCCUGCCUGCCUUUGAGGGAUGCUGAAUGAGAGGGCCAUCUCCCUGAAAUAGAUUAAUAAUUUUCAGAAUUAGACUUUAUUUCCCAUUUGAGUGAUUACACUCCAGUUCCUAAGAGCUGUGGGAACAAGCUCAUAUUGCAGUGGAAAUGUUAAAUCUUCGAUGCACUGUUAAGUGUCAAGGCUACUGUGGGAAUGUUUUUUGCAAAGUUCUCAGUAAUUUCCUCUCUCCAAUCAAAUUAGGGUUCAUAUUUAAUUUGCAGAUUGUCUCAUUCAUUGCCCCCCACUGCUCAAUCAAAUCAGGUGAAAUAAAUUAAUAUAGUUUUACCUUUUUUACAAAAUGGUGGUUCUUCAGACACCAUAUUAUUACUCUUAAUAAAUCUACAAAUAUUUAUUGAGUGUCUGUGCUGUGCUUGGUGCUGUUAGGCACUGUGUUUUUAAAGCACAUACUCUCAAAAGCUGAUUCCAGCAUAAUGUUUUAUUUUUGUUUUCCUAUAUUUUUUAUGACAAAGUCUGUCUGAUAGACAAAGCUUGGAGAAGGUUUCCCCCAGAGCUUUAGAAUUUAGAAUUAGCUGUUUUCCAUUUCUAAUAAGAAAUUGAUGGAGAAAUGAGAUGAAAAUCAUCUCUGUGUAAAUGCUUGAACCCACAGAAAGUUUUCUAAAUGUGGACUAAUUGUGAGUUUGUGCAUAUUUCUGUGUCGCCUCUUUUCACUUCACAUCUACGGUGAUGUACAAAGAUGCAUCGGAUAGUGAGCCUGCCUUCAGGACUUUAAAGGGCAUGACUGAACAUCUAGCAGAUCUGAUGGAAAUUGAUGUUAUACAAAAGACCUGUAGACUAAGUUGACCCUGGAGAGGAGUUAAUGCAUUCCUUUGCAAAGCGACAUGUGCCCUUUUUUUGACAGUCUGGCUUUCAUGCUAUGAGAUGAGGACUCACAGGCCUUGGAUAAAUUCUGCUUUUGUAUGAACUUUUUCAGAUGGUUCUGAGCUGGUUAUAUCCCUGUAGGGCAAUUUUUCAUUUGUCUUAGAUGUUCUUCCCAUGAGCAGGUAUAUGACUGAAGUUUCUUACAUUCUUUAAAUUGCAUUGACAAAUUUUCUGUUGUUCUAUGAACCCAUGUUUUGUCAUUAUGAUUUUUCACUUGUUUUAAGAGUUUCAGAUGUCCCCUUGGAAUAGCACUGUUUAUUUUGGCCUUCUUAUGAUUGCUGAUGAUAGGUACAGUCUAACAUCCAAAAGUUGCCACUUCAUUGUGAUAAUAUUGUUGCAGCAUUCCUAAUAGAGAAUGAUGUAAAAUAAGAAUGUUAGAAAACGUAGCACAUUCUCAUUCAGUUUAUAAAUAAUACGUGAAAGUUUCCAGUGAGAAUUUAAAAAAGAAAGAUUGGUGAUGAUGCAGUAAACCUGGACCUGAAAUUUGGGGCGGGGAGGAGGGAAUCUAUUUUGCAAAGAAAAUUUACCAGCCUCCACCAAAAUCUCUAUGUCUUGUACUCAUCAGCAACCGUUAGUAUUGUCAUUUGAAAAGAGUGAAUCAAAAACUCAUACAGAAUGGAACAAAAAGGGGAAAACAUUCCUGAAAGACCCAUUGCUACCUAUCACCUAUGAAAUUAAACCUAAAAAAAUUUUUUUGAGAAAAUAAUGAAACCAAAAUAUUUUUUUAGAUGUAAAACUCACUGCUUGUUGAUGUUUGGAAGUGAUCCACUUCGUUUCACUGUGAUCCAAAAAGUUAGACAUUCCUUCCAUUUCUCAAGAUUUGGUAACACAAAUAUUUUCUUAAGUCAGCAUUUCAUAUAAUCCAUAAAAUUAUGACAAAUUAGAUAUGUGGCCAAUAUCAUCCUUCUCCCCCAACUUAAACAUGUUCUGGAGGUAGAAGGACUUAUCCUCAAUUAUAUUCCAGUAAAUUUUUCUCCAUAAUUUGUUUCUUCCCCUAAUGUAUGAUGUAUCCUCACCAAAUUUUUCUAGAAUUGAAUAAAAGCAGUUUAUGCUUAACUUGAAUUUCCUUCCAUAAACAUGACCUUCCGCUCUUCCCUCUCCGUUUCCCCUUUGCCCACAUCACAAAUCAUCUUCAUAAUGAGCCCUCAUUGCAACUUAAAAGUCCCCAUUUGUUAACUCAGCAUUUCAUACACCAAGAACACUUGCAAAGAUUUCUUCAUAAUGUGAAUUUUUUAUUUUUCGGUUCCAGAAGCAUUUCCUACAGUUUGAACAUUAUUUGUCCUCUCAGAUUUUCGACUUGAAGCUUUGAUUUGCACUGAAAUAACUUGGUUAAAAUUUUAAUUUCUCGCUUCAACUAACUGAUUUGGAAGCAAAUUACAGUGUAUUUGAAUAAUUCAGGUACUACCUGUUGACCUGGAAUUUUAGUGAUUCUGGGAAAUUUUUCCAGACAAAGACACCAAUAGAGUGAAGGGUUUUUUCCCCAGUUGCUAUUUUAUUGUUUUUUAAAAUGCCUUUUUAAAACUUGUGUAAUGUGGCACAAUAGUCAUAUGUUCAAUUAAUUUAUAUUUUAUUCAUUCCUUUUCAAUUCUGGUUAUUAUGUAACCUCAAGUACUUUAUCUGUUCUUUUAAGAUAUUUUAUAAAAUGAACAUUAACUAAA